AUGCUCGGCUCCUCGUCUUCCCUCUGCUUCUAUCACAGGGCCUUGGCAUCACCGGACAUUGGCGGGCCUCACGUCGCGUCUGCCGCGUGGAACCCGAUCGCCGGCUACUGGGCGCACCUUGUCGACUGCACACCGGGGGCCUGGCUGUCAUGCUCCAAGCGCAGGCGCUGGUCGUAUCUGCCGCUCUGCUAA